AUGGAUGAUGAUAGAAUUAGAACAAUCCCAUUCUAUGAAGAAGACGAUGACGAAACGAAUCUGAAGACAAUUGAAAUUAAAACAAUGAGACCAAUCGUACAGGGAUUACAAGAUAAGAUCAAGCUAGUUCCUUUGAAUCUUCAAAAUAGGCCUUCCUGGUACGGGGAGAAGGUCUACCCUGCCAAUAAGGUGCCAGCCUUGGAACACAAUGGAAAAAUCAUUGGGGAGAGUCUUGAUUUGAUCAAAUACAUUGAUGCAAACUUCGAAGGGCCAUCUCUUCUUCCUGAUGAUCCUGCUAAGAAGGAGUUUGCUGAAGAGUUAUUUUCCUACACUGAUACAUUCACCAAAACAGUGUUUACUUCAUUCAAGGGAGAUGCAGUGAAAGAUGCUAGUCCUGCUUUUGAUUACUUGGAAAAUGCUCUUCAUAAAUUUGAGGAUGGACCAUUCUUGCUCGGUCAAUUCAGUUUGGUGGAUAUAGCCUAUAUACCAUUUGUUGAAAGAUUCCAAAUUUUCUUUUCGGAGGUUUUCAAAUAUGAUAUCACUGCUGGCAGGCCUAAACUUGCAGCUUGGAUUGAGGAGAUGAACAAGAUUGAGGCAUACAAGCAGACAAAAACAGAUCCUAAAGAGCUAGUUGAAUUUUACAAGAAGCGCCUUCUGGCUCAGUAAUGUUCUUACCAGUAACUGUUUUGCAUAUGUACUUAAUAAGAGACUUCAUUCUCCUGGGAAUGUAUCAUUGUUGACUAUAUAAUAUUUUGUGUUAGUUUGGGAUAGUUAUCUGCAGUUGAUGAUUCUGAAUCAUCAAGGUUUGGUCUUUAGUUCUGGAAGGAUCAAAUCUAUGUUAGUAAUAGUUUUCUAUUGACGAAUGGGGUUUUUGUAUCUGGAAUACAUAAAUAAAGAUCAUAUUUAUGUGUUACUCCUUUUUCUUGUUUCAGUCACUUAAAAUCAA